AUUAGAAAGUUUAGACAAUACAUCCAUAUUAGAUGAAGAAGAUGAAGAGGAGGAUGAAAAUACUAUAGAUAAUGAAGAUAAUAUUAAUUUGGAGGGGUCUGAAGAAUUAAUUUUAAAGGGAGAUUUAAAUCUUGAUCAAUCUUUAAAAAAUGCAUUGUAUGCAUUUCAACAAAAUUAA